CUUUGCGUCCUUUUCCGCGGGGAACUGUGUGAGGGGUAGGGGAAACUUUGAAAGUUGGAUGCUGCAGACCCGCUUUUUUUCAAGGUUCUUCUUUAUCUUGCUGCAUCUGAAGCCAUGGGUAGCAAGAAACUAAGACGAGUGGGUUUAUCACAAGAGCUGUGUGACCGUCUGAACAGACAUCAGAUUGUUACCUGCCAGGACUUUCUAUGUCUUUCCCCACUGGAGCUUAUGAAGAUGACUGGCCUUAGUUAUCAAGGUGUCCAUGAACUUUUGUGUGUGGUCAGCAGGGCCUGUGCCCCACAGAUGCAAACGGCUUAUGAGAUAAAGACACAGAGGUCUGCUGCUCCAUCACCAGCAUUUUUAUCUACAACCCUCUCUGCUUUAGAUGAAGCCCUGCAUGGUGGUGUAGCUUGUGGAUCCCUCACAGAGAUUACAGGUCCACCAGGUUGUGGAAAAACGCAGUUUUGUAUAAUGAUGAGCAUUUUGGCUACAUUACCUACCAGCAUGGGAGGAUUAGAAGGAGCUGUUGUGUACAUUGACACAGAGUCAGCAUUUAGUGCUGAAAGACUGGUUGAGAUAGCAGAAUCUCGUUUUCCCAGAUAUUUUAACACUGAAGAAAAAUUACUUUUGACAAGCAGUAAAGUUCAUCUUUAUCGGGAACUCAGCUGUGAUGAAGUUCUACAAAGGAUUGAAUCCUUGGAAGAAGAAAUUAUUUCAAAAGGAGUUAAACUUGUGAUUAUCGACUCUGUUGCUUCUGUGGUAAGAAAGGAGUUUGAUACACAACUUCAGGGCAACAUGAGAGAAAGGAACAAGUUCUUGGCAAGAGAAGCAGCCUCUUUGAAGUAUUUGGCUGAGGAAUUUUCAAUCCCAGUUAUCUUGACGAAUCAAAUUACAACCCAUCUGAGUGGAGCCCUAGCUUCUCAGGCAGACCUGGUGUCUCCAGCUGAUGAUUUGUCCCUGUCUGAAGGCACUUCUGGAUCCAGCUGUGUGACAGCUGCACUAGGAAACACCUGGAGUCACAGUGUGAACACCCGGCUGAUUCUCCAGUACCUUGAUUCAGGGAGAAGACAGAUUCUCAUUGCCAAGUCCCCUCUGGCGACCUUCACCACAUUUGUCUACACCAUCGAGAAGGAAGGCCUGGUUCUUCAAGAAAAAAAAAAAGAAGAAGAAAAGAAAAAGAAAGAAAACCCACCCUCCAGCAUCUUCAGGAGGCCGCCUGGCUCAGGCUAUUACCAUGACCAGCAGAGGCCAUAGGGACACUAUGACCUUUGUCUAGAGCUGAUGGGGGCGUGAUUUGUGAAAUGAAACAGGACCGGGCUGCUUGGAAGAAGGAAACGGAAGCCAACAUAAUGGGGAUUAAUUAGUUGAUUGCUGUUGAGAUGGUAACAGAUUUGCACCCCCCGCUCCUUACCGUUGAGCCAGCCAUCUCAGACCUAGCAGGGAAGGUGAAGAUGAAGAGGCCUUUGUUCGGGUCUCUAGAUGCUUGGGGCUGUAGGCUUUGCUGCCUUGGGAUGGCAACAGCCAUAAUAAUAAUAAUUUGCACUUAUAUAGCACCUUUCAACCAGGCACCUCAAAGCGGUUUAACCACAUUAAUUAAUUAAAGCCCACAAUCCCCCUGGGGAGAGGAGCAGGAUGACUAACAGGGUUUGUAAUUACAGGAGGGAACAUUUCCGAAUGAAGUAUUGUCCACUAAAUAAAAAGAGUAGGUGUAAAGGAAUUGGGGUCUCCAAAGAGUAACUGAUUCAGAAAUGAAAUCAUGGAAAGAUGGGGGAGGCUGGGGGCGGGCAUGGGCAUGAGGGUCUGCUCUUUUGUCAGAGGGAGGUCGAUGGGCUCAGAAUUCACUGACAGGUUCGGAUCCAACUGAGAAGCGGGACAUGUAUGGUAUUAGUGGCAUUUGGAAGGUCAUUAGUGGUACACCUAUUGUGGUGUAAAUUCAAGUUUCACUGGUACAUUGUGUAGAGCCCUGCAGAACAAAGAGUGAGAUUCCUGCAGUAUUUAAUAAAGGAUGAAAUGAUUUCUUUAGAUCCAAAGCUCAAGGCUGGGCCAGUCAAUUAGCAAAUAAAUCAAUUGGUGACCCAUAGGAUAAUUCAGUCGUUUCUAGCAGAGCACCCAGCCUACCCCCUCCUUCUUCCAUGACGUUUCCAACCAAAGCUUCAAGGCUGUGGGCUUCAGCCCCUUCAAAGCCAGGCAUCAGAUCUUCCCAGCCUUUGGCACUGGGACCUCUUUUACCCAAAUUGUUGGUGACACUCAAGCUGCCCUCUGUAGAAUCACUUUGUAUCUGCUCCCCUUCAGAGGUUUUUAAAUGCCUUGGAUGCUAGAAUCAAGUCUUGUCCUAUCUCAUGUCUGCUAUCAAUGCCCAACAGAGUGCUGUGCACAAAGUAAGUACCCAAUCGGUGAAGAAUGGUUGGAUGACAAAAUCCUUUAACAACUCAGUAUUUGUUGACUACAUACGAAAUGCUAAGGCAAAGCUCAAAAAACAGGCUAUGUGUAUUACAAGGAAUGGAAAAGACUCGUGUACUCCUAACUAUAAUAUAAAGCAGAAUAAAAUAAAGUUAACAUUAUAGAUGUACGCCCAAGCCACAGGCUGCAAGGGCCAAAGGAGGAACAUUUUAUCCAGCUGGAGUGAAUCAAGGAAGGUAUUCCUGGAGAGCAAACAAUGCGCUGGGCAUUGGAGGGCGAGAAAGAUUUUGAUGGACCUGGAAGAGGUGGAGGAUACAGUUUCCAGACUGUGGUCAUUUGUCUCGCUCUGAGUGAGGUGCCUUUGGAGAGCUUGUGGUCUUCAAUAGAACAUUUGUGAAAAUCAAGCUGAGUUUUUGCAGCUGAUUCAAUGUACAUUUCCUGUGAAUUCUUGAAUAUGAAUUGGCUAUUUUCAAACAGCCAGGAACUAUUACAAAAGUUGAGAAAGAUAUUUCGUUCUCCGUAACUAUUAGUUCAGUCUCUCUGCACUUUCACUGUCCACCAAGAAAGAAAAGCUAAGCAGUUCACACAUUAAACUGGGCACUCAGGAGUGUCUGAGAAAGGUACGAGGAAAACAUAUCUCGAUCCCAGAUGUCAAAGAUUAAAUGGCUUCCUACUUGAGGCCUUUUUUUUUUUUGACCCCAGGAAACAGUAAGACAGUGCUUUACCCCCAGUGAUUGACAGAUCAAUCCCUGUGCUCUCCUACUCCAAGGCAUUUCACCACAAACCAUGCUGCCAGGACAGGACCUAAGCACUGUCUUUGCAUUGUGCCAAUACUCAAUGCUGCUGUGUGUCUCACACACACUGUGCGUGCAUCUGCUUAUCUGAUCCUCCCCACAGGUUCACAAGGUAGGACUUCACAUCAUUCCUUCUUUGCAGAUGAGGAAGGAGGCAAGAAAAGUUCAGUCUCUUGGUAGAAAGUGAUGGAAUGUGGAUUUGAACCCAGGUAGUCUUGCUUCUUCCUCUCCCCACUCACCCCUGUAGUAUUUCUGUUCGUAUCUAUUACAGCCUUUCUUAGUCAUCCUCACUAAAGUA